UUCAAUUCAAAUUCCGAUUUUUCAAAAUUGGGUUUUUCGCCUUUACGGAAAACUAGGCCGUUUUUCGAUCAGUUUGUAAUUUGAAUUUUUGAACUCGGAGUAAGUCCGGGUAGGGUUGUGCGCAGUGCUUGCGGGCUUAGGGAGUUCCUCUUCCUUGUGUGUUGUGAUCAAUAUCUUCUGCUUUGAAGGUACAUCGAUAUUUACAUGAAUUUAAUGUUUGGUUUUGAAGUUUUGAUGUUGGCGAACUGACCGGGUUGUAUGUUGAACGAAAGUACACGCUCUAAGAAAACCGAUUUCCCGUUGUUAUAAAUGAUAAAAUGGAUCGUUUCUUCAUACAUACAAAGACAGGAUUCAUGUUGUAAUUGUAUGAAAUGAUGGGGCGGGUUGCGAGCCCGAUGGAGGUUGGGUAGGCAGCUCCGCCCCGGCCAGCCAUGGAGCCCAGGCCAUACGCCUUCCAUAAGAUGGAGGCACUUGUGAAACAGAUGCAAGAUCCAGAGUCUGGAGUUCCUGUUGGCAGCCAGAAAUCCUUUCUUACCUCCGUUCCUUCUGCUUUUAUCGGAUAUGACUUAAUUGAAUGGCUUAUGGAACACCUCAACAUCGACGAUGCAGUUGAGGCUGUUCACCUUGCAAAUCAAUUAUGUCAGUAUGGCUACUACUUUCCUGUAGAUUGUAAAACCUUAACUAUCAAAGAUGAUAAUUCCCUCUAUAGAUUCCAGGCUGCUUACCACUGGCCAUGGCAUCAUCGCCACCCUGACAAUGUCGAAUAUGCGAUUUAUUUAGUCAAAAGGACCUUACGCAAUAAACAGAGGCAUGCUCUGGAGGAUUAUGAACUCGAAGCUCUAAACAACCUGAAAAGGAAUCUACAAAACAAAUGGGAUCUUGUGACUAUGCAAGCUGAAGAACAGGCUGAGGAUGGCAAUAUAUUACUGAAAAAUACUGGUGUCUGUAUUAAAGUCGGAAAAGAAAGGAGAAAAAUGGACAAGCAAGUUGCUGAUUCCCAAGAAAGGGCGUAUUGGAGAGUUCAUAGGCCUCCACCUGGAUGCCAGCCCCCUUUAGAGCCCUCCCCGAUCACGAACCUGCGUAGAUCUACCAGCCCUUCUCCCCAAAACACGGAGCUCGAAAUACUUCGGAGACAAGUCGCCAGAUCGAGAAUAAAAGUUUCACAAGCGGUUGAAAGCCUCAUCACCUACUCGAGUACUUACGCAGAGUAUGACCCAUUCUUCACGCCACCACAGCCUUCAAAUCCAUGGUUAUCUGAUGAUCCAGCUUUUUGGCAAUUCAAUCUACCUUUAAUUGAAGUACCAACUGAAAAAAGGGUAAAACGCUGGGCUUUGUCAUUUGAAGAUCUAUUAGCUGACCCAACAGGUGUGGAGGAAUUUACCUCGUAUUUAAGGAAGGAAUACAGCCAUGAAAAUAUAAGAUUCUGGCUUGCAGUAAAAGAAUUGCGCCAUUGUGGUCAGUCACAAGUGCCAUCUAAGGUUAACAGCAUACACCAGGAAUUUUUGGCACAUGGAGCACCUUGCGAGAUAAACAUAGAUUCAAGAACACAAGAAGCUACGUUAAAUGAAAUGAAAACGCCUUCAAGAUUCACUUUUGACGCUGCUGCACAUCAUGUUUACACUGUCCUUCUGAACAAAGAUUGUUAUCCACGUUUCAUUCGUUCCGAUCAGUACAAAAACCUGCUGGCAAACGCUAAACAUCCACCUACCAAGAAAAGAUUUUUUGGAUUUGGAGGAGUUGGCAAAAAGAAGAGCUGUGCUGGACCGGUCGCAGCUUCAAGUGUCAAUAAGAGAAGAGGAAGUGAUCGGAGUCUUACUGGCAUUGUUCACGACGCUCCAGCAUUCGCUCCUCAGACCCAUGUUCCUUUAUCUACUAGUCAAUCUAACCUUCACGAUAUCACCAUAACAAGGGAUAGCGGGGUUUCCCCUGAAAGGAUUAAUCUCUUGCAGAAGGACCUGAAACAGAAGUCGGUGGAGAGGAAGCAGUCAUCUGAAGACGAGAAAUAUGUUAGUGAAUGUAUGGCCAAGUCAGAGCCCGGACCUUCUCUUAUUCACCUAGAAAAGUGUUCAUCUGAAGUAAGAGACGAAGGAAAAACUCAAGAUGAAAAAGAAAAGGAUCUCAACGCAGAACGAAAACACUCCUUAGAAAACGUAGUUUCUAAGAUAAGUGAUUGUGGCAUACAGGAUGAUGAUUUUCCCACGGAGAACAUAGUAACUAUAAUCACAGAUGAAAUUGUGGAACCUGAGGAGACUGGAAAUGAAAAGGACGCCAAGGGCUUGUUGACGACUCCCACUGCUUCCGUUAUUCUGCCUCACGCUCCUCAGUCGACUCUUACUGAGAACAUCGCUUCUUCCAGCGAGAGCGAAGCACAAGAACAAUCAAGUACUAUUCUGGAUGAGGAUCUAGAAGCACAACCUUUGGAACAAGAACUUGAAAGCAAAACAGUUCCUGUCGGCACGCCCAAAUCUCGGAGAACUGCUAAAAAGACUAGAAUCAUGUCCGAAGAGGGAACACGAACGACACAAGUUCAAAAAUUGUUGCUGUCUGAUGAGAAUAAACAAAUUUCCAUUGAUUUAUCCCAGCAUUCGGUUAGAGAUGAAUGUUCUGAACCUUGCGAACCUUCCAUUCAAGUUCCUGCAGAUGAAGUUGUACCUGAUGAUGUACAUUCUAGUGAUAUGCAAAAUCGUGCUGAUAUCUGCCCAUGGGAAGAUGAAGAAAACUGCAAGACUGAAGGGCCAUUCGUAAAAAAAUAUGCUACUCUUGGUUAUCUGUAAGCCUCAUUUAUAGUAUGGUUUAUUUUGGAUUAACAUAAGGGUUGGAUGAAGAUUGGCGGACAAUACUGAGCCCCUGCUUCGCCUCUCAUCCUCUCUCUUGUUAAUACGAGUCAUUCUUUUAUUUGUCAUUUGAAAGGUAACGUUCAGUUUUGUUAUUUACAUUUUUGUUUUAUUUCUUUUUUUUUUUUUUUGAUCAGAUUCUCACAUACAACUAAAAAACGCCAAUUGAUAUACACCAAAGGUUUCAUAAUCCAGCGAAAAAUUCUAGUCUUUUAGAUAAUGUAUCUAAGAAUAGUACAUAUUUACAAAGUUACAAUUGACAUACAUUAUACAAAAUUUAGAGAUUUUAGAUCGGUGUCAUAGAAAAAAAAUUAAAUAAAAUAAAAAAAUUUAAUUGUGCAAUUUGGUAGGGAAUAGAUUUAUGCCAUAGGUUGGAUGGUGUGUUUAUUAAAAAUAUUAUCCAAAAAAAAAAUUAUUUUAGUAAUACUAAUAAAUUGAUAAAUGGAUAAAUAUUAUGUGGAUAGAGCAUGUCAUUGGUGUAACAAUAAAUGUUAUUAAAGUAUUAUUUAAGUUGCUUCAAUAGAGUAUGUGAGAAUACAUCUUUAAUAUAAAGAAAUAGCAUUGUGUCACUAUGUAUUAAUAUACAUAUAUAGAUAAUAUAUUCAACAAAUUAACUAGCUCUAGAUUCUAGAUACAUGAAAUCGAAAAAAAA